AAAACGCAAUGCAAUAAAUGUGAGUUGCAUUUUUAACAAUGGAGACUUAUUUCAAGUCUGAAGAAGAGUAUAAAUCUGAACCUGAGCCUGAGAAAACAAUAUGCAGGUCUUGUCUGACGACCGACAAGCGAAUGUUCAACGUAUCGUUGUUCGCUACACAUUUCCGCGAUUUAGCAGGAUUGAAUGUAUCUGACUCCGACGGGCUCCCACCAUGGCUGUGCCACGAGUGUGCUGCGCUGCUGCAGAAGGCGGUACGAUUCAAACAGAAGCUGCUCAAAGCCAACUCUAUGCUCUGCGACUAUCUGAUGAGAUGUGCCCCUUUUCCCAUCGACGCCCAAGACCCGGAACUGCGCAAGUACUCAACACCGAACCUGAAAGAAACCAACACUCUUGCCUUUGACAACAACGGGAAGAAGCUUGGUUACUACAAAAUGUUGGAGCAUGAAAAGAGGCCAGUAGAAUCAGCACUUGACACUAUAGAGCUGCCUCCGCUAGAACCUGCAGCAGGACCUCCCACCGUAGAGGUCCUCAAGGAGGAGUUUGACUCCUUUGAUGAUUAUGAAGACAACAUUACAUUAGAGGAGUUCAGGAGUUCAGGUGAGACUUAUAUAAGAACAGUAGAGUCAACCCUCGACACUAUAGAGCUGCCUCCGCUAGAACCGAUACCUGCAGCGGGACCUCCCACCGUAGAGGUCCUCAAGGAGGAGUUUAACUCCUUUGACGAUUAUGAAGACAUUACAUUAGAGGAGUUCAGAGGAGUUCAGGUGACUUAUAUAAGAACAGUAGAGUCAGCCCUCGACACUAUAGAGCUGCCUCCGCUAGAACCGAUACCUGCAGCGGGACCUCCCACCGUAGAGGUCCUCAAGGAGGAGUUUGACUCCUUCGACGAUUCUGAAGACAACAUUACAUUAGAGGAGUUCAGAAAUACGGCGGUGAAGUCCGACAACGAGAUACCUGAAGAGCCUCCGGUCAAGGAAGAAGAGGGAAUGAAGAAAAAAAGGAAGACGAAGAAGAAGGAACAGCCCAAGGCCAAGCGGAAGAAGAGCAAAGAGCCAGCGGAGGGUGAAGAGCCGAAAACCAGCAUCAGGAAGACGGUGGAACUCGACCCCACCAAGAUACGCAUCGUCAUGCUGAACCCUGAAGAACAGUUCAAACAGUAUGAGGAAGAGAGCAAGGCCAAGUUCCCGUACCAGUGCCACCUGUGCUACAAGGGAUUCAACUUCGACACCAAGCUGGAGAACCAUAUGCGGAAACACAGCCCGUCCCGAGGUCCGUUUUCCUGCAGCCUAUGCACCAUGUACUUCCCGUCGGCGUACAGCGGCAGCGUGCAUGCACUUAUCCACACGCGCCGCUACGAGUGCGUAGCCUGCGGACGCCGCAUGAUCGACCGCGCCUCCAUACUCGACCACUACAGAACACAACAUGAAGGGCUGGUGUCACACUUUACGUGCCAUCUCUGCGGAAAAGUUUCUAAUAAUAGCAAAACGCACCGCGGCCACAUGAGGAACCACCACGGUGGACAGCGGCCGGAGUGCGAGCAGUGCGGCAAGACAUUCGUCAACAAGGACUCGCUAGAGGAGCACAGGCAGAUACAUCAAGGCAUCAAAAACUACUCGUGCUCGGAGUGCGGCAAGCGGUUCCGGACGCGGACGCAGAUCAAGCAUCACCAGCUGAAGCAUACCGACGUGAAGGAGUACUACUGCGUCGAGUGUGACGUCAGAUUUAAAUCGGCACACAAUUUACGUCAGCAUCUAGCGAAGAGUCUGAAACACAAAGACAAACAGAGUUUGAAGUUUGCGUGCGCGCGCUGCGACAAGCGGUUCCCGUGCUCGCGCACGCUGAGCGCGCACCGCGCCGUGCAGCACGACGGCGUGCGCGCGCACCCGUGCGCCGCGUGCCCCGCCGCGCUCGCCUCCCGCGCCUCGCUCGUCAAGCACCAGAGACAAGUGCACCAGGGCGCCCGCCCGGCCAAGAGGCACGUCUGCGACGCCUGCGGGAAGGCCUUCAGGGGCAAAUCGGUGCUAAUCAACCACGUCCGCACGCACACAGGGGAGAAACCUUUCUCGUGUCCCACGUGCGGCCGCAAGUUCUCGCAGAGCACCGCCAUGAGGACCCACGUGGAUCUGGUGCACCUCAAGCGACGCCGCGGGAAGGCGAAACAGGAGCCCCCGGCCUCCGAGGAGCCUCCAAAGAUAGACCUGUUCACCAAAGAGGAGCCACAGAUAGUGUUCGACGCGUGGAGGCAGAACAUGCAACUGCCGGGCAACUGCGAGGUCUACUUCACCGUCACCGCGGGACCAUAG